UGUCAGUUUAGACAUAAAUUUAUCCAAAAAUAGACAUUAUGUUUAGCUAAAAAUAUUGAACAAAAGAAAGGGCCCCAAAUGGAUCAAAAAGGGCUAGAAGAGUUCCUCUCAAUAAAACAAUAUGUACAUUUUAAAGACGUUGAAGUAGAAUACAUACAGGGUAAACCCUUUAAGUGUUGUUAUAGCCUGAUGGGGUACACGAGUCAAGAAGGUGAUCGCAUCGCAAUAUACAAAGUAGGUUGGAACAGUGUUAAACAAUAUUUCGCUUUCGAAUGGGUCCCAAUAAACAACAAUAAAGAAAAUUCAGUUUGUUUCAACAAAUAUUCAUUACCCAAAAACACAACAGAUUUAUUCCAAUUAUGUUACAUCAGCAACCAUAAUGAAACUUACGGUGUAAGUACGCCGUUUCAAUUUGUUAAAUCAAAAUCGAAAUUAUACGAUUCAUUAAAAUCGUCGAUGUGUGAUAGCGCUUAUAGCGGGAGCGAUUUGGAGAAGGAAAUUGGGGAAUUAAAGGCGGAGAAUCAAUUGUUUCGGCAUAAAAUGAGGGCGGUUAUGAAUAUAUUGACGAAUAUGCAAAGUUUGAUGCUCCAUCAGCAAGCGGAAAUCGAUGGGUUAAAAGAAAAGGUUGAUGAAAUGACGAUGACGAAGAAAAAUGAUAAAAAAACGAAGCAUUUUGAUGUUGAUUUAGAGGAAUUAGAUCCUUUACCACCGUUUCCUCUGUAUUAAAAGGACGCAAAAGGGAUUUGUGCAAUAAGAAUAAAAUUGAUUUGAUUAAAGGUAAAGAAAAGUAAAACGCUUUCUUUAGAGUUUAGGUUUUAUUGAAAUAAAUUAUUUUUGAUUA